ACAUCCCCUUCCCAGCCUGAUGCCAUGAGGAUAUAGGCAGCCAUAUUGUGAAGCUGUCAGCUCUGAGAAGUCCUCCAUCCUCCUCCUAUAACGGCCCACAGAGCCACCUCCCUCUCAUUCUGUCCUCUAUCCUUCCCUCCCUCGCUUCCUCCCCAGAGAGAGACUGCGCGGCCCCAGCCCCUAGUGAGCCGACAUCCUCCCGGAGCCAAAUAACGGAGUUUGUGGGGCAAGGAGGAGGACACAGCCCCGGAACGGAGGCCUCUCUACAGGAGAGGACAAUCCCUCAUUUAAAAUACUAGAAAAGAAAACACGAGAAAAUGCCGAAACCGAUCAAUGUACGGGUUACCACCAUGGAUGCGGAGUUAGAAUUUGCUAUCCAGCCGAAUACUACUGGUAAACAACUAUUUGACCAGGUGGUAAAAACAGUUGGUCUACGGGAAGUAUGGUUCUUCGGACUUCAGUAUGUGGAUAGCAAGGGUUACUCUACAUGGCUUAAGCUGAAUAAAAAGGUAACCCAGCAAGAUGUUAGAAAAGAAAAUCCUCUUCAAUUUAAGUUUCGGGCUAAGUUUUUUCCUGAAGAUGUAUCAGAGGAGUUAAUUCAGGAAAUUACCCAAAGACUUUUCUUUCUGCAAGUUAAAGAAGCAAUAUUAAAUGAUGAAAUUUACUGCCCUCCCGAAACAGCUGUGCUGCUUGCCUCAUAUGCUGUCCAAGCCAAAUAUGGAGAUUACAGCAAGGAGGUCCAUAAACCAGGAUACCUGGCCAAUGACAGGCUUCUUCCCCAACGUGUUCUGGAACAGCAUAAGUUGACAAAAGAACAAUGGGAAGAAAGGAUACAAACCUGGCAUGAGGAACACAGAAGCAUGUUAAGGGAAGAUUCUAUGAUGGAGUAUUUAAAAAUUGCACAAGAUUUAGAGAUGUAUGGUGUCAACUAUUUUGAAAUAAAAAAUAAAAAGGGAACAGAACUUUGGCUGGGAGUUGACGCAUUAGGUCUGAAUAUUUAUGAGCAUGAUGACAAGUUGACACCGAAAAUUGGUUUUCCUUGGAGUGAAAUUAGAAACAUUUCAUUUAAUGACAAGAAGUUUGUUAUAAAACCAAUUGACAAAAAAGCUCCGGAUUUUGUGUUUUAUGCACCCCGUUUAAGAAUUAACAAACGUAUCCUGGCUCUGUGCAUGGGUAAUCACGAGCUCUAUAUGAGAAGAAGAAAGCCAGACACCAUUGAAGUUCAGCAGAUGAAGGCUCAGGCCAGAGAAGAAAAGCACCAGAAGCAGCUCGAGAGAGCGCAACUGGAAAAUGAAAAAAAGAAAAGAGAAAUAGCUGAAAAGGAAAAAGAAAGAAUAGAACGUGAAAAGGAUGAACUGAUUGAGCGACUUCGACAAAUUGAAGAACAGACACUAAAAGCCCAGAAAGAGCUAGAAGAACAAACACGAAGAGCUUUAGAGUUAGAUCAAGAACGUAAAAGAGCAAAAGAGGAAGCAGAGCGGUUAGAGAGAGAGCGGCGAUCUGCUGAAGAAGCCAAAGCGGCUCUGGCACAGCAAGCUGCAGACCAGAUGAAAAACCAAGAGCAGCUGGCUGCCGAACUUGCAGAAUUUACAGCCAAGAUUGCAUUGCUUGAAGAAGCAAAGAAAAAGAAAGAGGAAGAAGCUACAGAGUGGCAACAGAAAGCUUUUGCUGCUCAGGACGAUUUAGAAAAGACAAAAGAAGAGUUGAAGACCGUAAUGUCGGCUCCACCCCCACCCCCACUUCCUCCACCACCUGCAGCUCCCACAGAAAAUGAAAAUGAGCACGAACAUGAUGAGCAAGAUGAGAACAGUGCGGAAGCUAGUGCUGAAUUGUCAUCCGAGGGGGUGAUGAACCACAGAAGUGAGGAAGAACGAUUGACAGAAACGCAGAAGAAUGAAAGAGUAAAGAAACAGCUUCAGGCUUUGAGUUCAGAGCUGGCUCAAGCAAGAGAUGAAACGAAAAAAACACAAAAUGAUGUUCUCCAUGCUGAGAAUGUAAAAGCAGGUCGAGACAAGUACAAGACACUCCGUCAGAUUCGACAAGGCAAUACAAAACAGCGUAUAGAUGAAUUUGAAUCAAUGUGAAGAUGCAUUCUAAAUAAUGCUAAAAAAAUGUAGGCCUUUGCAGCAUUGAUGGAGCGUCCCACCUUGCCAAAGCACUUGCACCAGUCUGACUGUGGAGGUUAGGAGUACACCACGUAAAUAAAGUUCAACUUCAGUGGCUCAUAUUACCUCUGAUUUCAGUCUGUAACAUAACAUCUAGGUCUUGUCCCUUUAUCCUAUAUUAUUGUGACUAUUUCUCUUGAAAUUAGAAAAUACAGCGUUCACAACAUCUGCUUCAUACUUAAGAAUUUUGAAAGGACUUUGUAGGGUAAAAUCUAUAUUACAAAGGAUUUGUUACAUUUGUUAUGCUAAAAUUUGGAUAUUUUUUUCUUUCAUUCAGUAAAAUAAUAUUGCUUGUAAUUUCAUUUUCUGAUAUAACUCAUUUUCAUUGUCUGCGUAGAAAGAUCUUGGAAGUCAGGUAACGCUUUGACCUUAUAAGUUAUUGUAGUAUAUUGUAUCUUUAUACUUUAAUCCCUGAAAACUAUAUGUAAGUUGACAUACUGUUUAGGUAUAAUAGCAAUAAGUAGAACAGACCUUUAUGGGUGUGUGGAAUACAUGGAAAUGGUAAUCCCAAAGAGUCGACGGCAUACUACUACCUCAGGUACAGAUGACUGGUCUUUCACCUCAGUAUAAUACCAACAAUAUAUUUUAUUCACUAAGGCUUACUUAAAGAGUUUGAGUUUUUUUGUACUUUUUAAUUUAAUUUUAGAGCUUAUCACAGUUAAACUGCCUAUAUUAGUUUGCAAGUAGACAUUAGUAUGUAUGUGUGUGUGUAUAUAUAUAUAUAUUUAUAUUUAUAUAUAUAUAUAUAUAUAUAUAUAUUUAGAAGAGGAUGCAAUUAUAAAUACUAAUGUGUAAAUAACAUGGAGUACUAAAUACAGUUAUUAUUCAGUGCAGGCUUUAAAGUUGUUUCUUUCCUUUAUGCAUUUUACGCAUUUAUAUAAUGUCAUUGCUAUACUGAUAUAGGCAUUUUGCUCUAAUGUCCUACAUACUAAUGUAAUUAUUUUGCUUAUUCAUGUUACAAUUUUCUGGAAUAGUUUACAUUUUUAUGUAUAAAUACUUUCAAUGUGCUGCAUAUUAAUGCUUAAAUCUGAAAUGUAUACAAUAUUGCACACACACACGAUUCUAUCUAGUGUUGGCAAGCUCCAAUCAGUGUGCUAUAGCUUCAUGAAUAUUACUAAAUAAUCCUGCAAUUAACAAGCCUAUAUACCUUUUUAUGUUUAUCUUAUUCAUUUAUAGGUAAGGGAUAUUGUGUUUAAAGCAAUUGAUACAGGGAACUAGUUGUGCAAAACAUAAUAAACUGCUUUCCUCGUACCCCGCUCCACAAAGGAUAAGACUGCUUAUGAUCUUUGUAUAAACAUUAGAUUUCAAAUAAACCAUUCAAUUCCUUUUAGGUGCCAGGUUUUCUAGAGCAAAACUCAAUCACACAAUAAAUAGCUAAAAAUUAUAUUUUUAAGGUCAGUUUUGGUGCAAUUCCUAGUUUUGAAAUGAUUACUUGUCCAGACUCAUAGACCGCUUUAGGUUCAGCAGUCUUUGAUGCCGGCAGAGAAUAUUGUGCAUAUUGGGCUUUUAUUUGUAAUUUUAGGACUGUCUCUUUUUAAAUUGGAACACUUCUAAAGGAAUAUGAAACCCAAAAAAAUGUAUUUUGUGAUUCAGACACAGCAUACUAUUUUUAAAACGUUUUCAAUUUAUUCUAUUAUCACAUUUUCUUCGUUCCCAUGAUAUUCAGUGUUGAAGAGAUACCUAGGUAGACAUUUAGAGCACUACAUAGCAUAGUGCUGCCAUCUAGGUUUUUCUUUUAGAACUGCUGCCAUAUAGUGCUCCAGAAAUGAUCCGGCUCCUAAGCAUACAUCCCCGCUAUUCAACAAAAGAUCAUGAAGAAAAAUUGGUAAUAGAAGUAAAUUAGAAAGUUGUUUAAAAUCAAAAUCUCUAUCUGAAUCAUGAUAGAAUUUUUUUUUUGGGGUUCAUACCCCUUUAAUCACCUAAAGGGAUUUGUGCAUGUAAUUGACAUGGCUUGUUUUUUUGCAGUGCAUUCAGAAAGUAUUUUGCUUUCAAACAGUCAGUUUCUCAGUAUGUAUUCUAAAGGAACCGCCUUUGUAUUCAUUGUUUCUUAUGCAUCUGCCACUUUAGAUUCUUUCUAUAAUGUUGCUAUUAUUUACUCAAUACUGCAUCAGUGUUUUUUGAUAAACCAUUCAUUAUAUUUUCUGUUCUUUUUGUUCCAUAGAGCAGUAGUAUUCUUUACAGGACAAUUCCAUAGGCCCUCAAUAAACCAAUUGCCAGUGCAAUAUACACAAAACUCUACUAUCAGUUUGAUGUCCAGAUUUUGUCCAGUUGAACUGAAUGGUUAAAAAAAUGUAUUUGCACUUUAGGAAUAGUAUAAAAGGAAACUGAGCAGACUUUAUUGCUGAACCAUGUUACAGGGCAUCAGGAGUGAGGCCUAUUUAUUCAUUUCUUGAGUUUGAAGUACUCUUCGGCAGUGUCCUUGAAAUCAGUAAUAGAAAUUCUAUGUGGAUGUAAUUUGUUCGAUUAUUUUUUUCCGUUAAAAGCAGAAAUAAUCUAUCCUUUGAUAAUACUCUAUGAACAAGUUGUAAACAACUACUACUGCAGAUUACAGUGGGCUAUUAUUUCCAGAAGGUUAAGAAUGCAUUUAAUAGGUUUCAUAAUUUUUUUUAUUUUUCUUCCUUAGACUCUUUGUUGUAAAUUAAUGCUACAGUUACGACUAUUUUGAACAAGGUUGUUUAACAAUAAAGCUAUAAUGGAGAUA